GUAUUUCUGUCAUUUAGCAACCAAACCAUCAAUGAGAAACACAGUUGAAAGCACCAGAUAUUACUGAUGAGCUAUUGAACAUCAGCAGCACCAACUGGCACUGAAGACUGAAGGCUCCCUGAAUCACAAACUGCUGUUCUUUUAAGACAUUAGGGAGAAGCAACUGUACAACAUAAAGUGUAUUUUUAUCUUCUAGUGCACCCCCAGGCUCGUGGACUAGCGACUUGCAGAUGGGCACUUUCAUAGGACAUAUCUCCCCUGGAUUAGCAUUCUUGUCUUUUGCACUCUUGUAUACUGUCCGCUACUCCUGGAUGGUACUCAAUGGAUGCCGUGAUCAGUACCCACCAAAGAAUAGGUCAACCCGUGGAUUCCUCAAAUCAUUGCCAGUGGAGGGUGUAAUGAAGUUAAUUUAUGGAUUUUUGGCUCUUAUGGCAGAGUUCUUCUUUCCACCUGGGGUUCAGAAACUUCGCUUCUUCAGUUUAAGUGACCCUAAUUUUAAUUUCCAGAACCCUAAUGAAUGGCAGCAUGCUACCAUGUAUGGAUACUUUUGCAUGAGCGGGGCAUUGGAUAUUGUAAGCCAGGCUUGUCUACCAACUCGCUGCCCACUUCUUGAACAUGCUGGAACCACUGCUGCCUUUUUCGUUACCACACUUCUUCUUAAGUUCCACGCUCAUGGGAAGGAAGCUGUUGAGGUUCAGGUUCACUUCUUGCUGCUUCUUACUUGUGCCAUUACAUGUGCUAUCUUCAUAAUUGAAUUCUGGUGGCCCAACCAACCCAAACUAUGGUUCACAAAGGCAUGGUUGGUGCUGGUUCAGGGAACCUGGUUGCUACAUGUCGCUUUUAUUUUGUAUAAGCCCCCCACUGGCCAUUUUUGGAGUGGGCAACAGCCUGCUGAUCUCAUGUUUCUUACAACCUUCUAUUGCUGGCAUCUGGCCUUUAAUGCAGGCUUAAUGGGAAUACUGUUUUGGGCCACCUACCUUGUGCACCGUCGUUUUGGAGGGAAAUUUAUAAAUGCAGGCUACCAGCUGGCUGAAACAGGAGAGUUAGAAAAACUUACAGCAGAUAAUGGGGAUGAGCUGCUUUAAAUUACAUGUAAGAGAAGUAUAUUUUUAUACUGGAAAUAGCAGAUAAAAAACUGUGAUACAAACUUCAACAAACAGGAUGUGUCAGUCUCAUAAGUACUAGUGACAUACAAAAGCAUGUUAAAAAAGCUACUUCAAAUAGAUCCAGGCUUCUUGAAUAAAAAAAAACCAACCUCUUGGGGAAGAUAUUGAUUUAAUUGAUGUUUGAAGCCAGUUAUUGCUUCUUGCAAUAAGAUGUUGCAAUGGUAAGCAGUCCAUUGCCUUAAAUGGUACCACUGAAUAUUUCUGGCAUUCAUUUCAGCUACAAUUAUUCUGUGAAAAUGAAAUUAUUAUUCAAGAAUUUGAGAUUUAAUUAGAAAAGCAUAAUGUGAUAGCCUGCAGUUCAUCUGCAUAAUUAACACGUUUACAGUUAAUUAUUAC